AUGAGUUCUACUAGGAGUGUACCCAGAUUAUUCCGAAAGUUCACUGCACCUUUUGUCGCGUCGCGCACGUUCCUAAUUGAUAAUCUGGUUGUGACCGUGUUCAAGGAUUCAAGUUUCGACGGGGCCGCUACGGCGAUGGUUAGGGACUAUUUCAAGCGGUGGGCGGCCACUGCAGCGCAGCAGGAAGAAGGCAUCGGCCCGGGAAGGCCCGGGAAUGUCGAAACGAUACUUGUACUGUUUGUGCGCCUGAUUCGGGGGGAUUGGAAGGAGUAUGACCCGUACGAGGAGGGGGAGAGGUUUGACGGGCAACAUGAGGCGAUUGAGGGGUACACCAUGGAAGAUGUAGGAUGGAUGCAGGUUUCGUUUGAUGCUCAAAAGUUCUUAGGGUAA